AUGGCUCCAGCAGCUCCCAGCCAGGCCAGCAACCCGCCGGCCAAGAAGACAUCCGCCCCAGAGAAGAAAUACAAAUGCCAAUUCUGCAAUCGCGCAUUCAGCAGAAGUGAACAUCGCAGUAGACAUGAACGCUCACAUACCAAAAAAAGACCCUUCAAAUGCUUAAAAUGUCGGAAUACUUUUGUUCGUCGAGAUCUCCUCCUCCGCCAUGACCGUACUGUUCACGCCAAAAAUGGGGGGAUACCGCUUGUUGCUGAGGGACGUCGGCGUGGUGGCGCAGGUGUUCAGAAGUCCUCCCCUGCACCUGCUCCAUCCAAACCCUCAAUCACAAUUGAUCCCGCCACAUUAGAGCAAAUCGAGGCAAGCAGUGACGGUAUGGUCGACCUUGAAACCGCAGCCAUGUUGAUGACAGAUUUCCAACACAAGGCCGCAGCCGCUGCUACCAGCCAGGUUACCGAUCGUGCCGAGUCUGACCGUUCGUUCUCGCCGGGUCGUGGUUCCCUGUUGGACCCCACCGCCGCCUAUUUGUCCGGCAACGCCACGCUCCCUCAGAUGCCUUGGGACACCCUAGUUUCUCCUGCAGACAUGAAGCAUCAUAUCAUGGGUCCCGCCUACAUGGGACAAGACAACGGGUCCGAUUUGCGUCCUCUGCCGACAAUGAUGGAUCGCCAUGGACCCGUGGGUGAUGCUCUGGCUCCUUCGCUUCAAUCCCUUGUCAGCUCGCUUCCGAUGUCUGGAAACUCCACCCCCAACGCUCUGUCACCGUAUCCGUCAAUGACAGGCCCGGUCAGUCCUGUCAACUAUCGCCGAUCACCUGGACCUAGCCAGGCUCUGACACUCCCCAAGGCUCCUCAAAUCGCCAACGACAUGGAGCGGAACAUGAUCGUCGAGCGCGUCCGAAACGCUGACUCUCUGAGUGCGCUGCCCGAAACCUUCCAGCUGCCUUCGACUGCUGCUCUCAACAGGUACUUGACGACGUACUUCAACCUGUACCACCACCAUCUGCCGUUCCUGCACCAGGAGUCCUUCAAGCCUACCAUGACGUCCCCUCCUCUGCUACUGGCCGUCCUCUCCAUUGGUGCUCUGUACACUUUUGAGCGUGAGCACGCCUUCAUGCUCCACGUUGGAUCGAAGAUGCUUGUCAACCAGUUCUUGCAACACAAAGAGAACUUUGAUUCGAGAAAAUGUCCCCUGUGGGCCAUGCAAAGUACUCUGCUGAACAUGAUCUUUGAGAGCUGGAGUGGGGAUCCCAAGGGUCUGGAGUGGACCUGCUCCAUCAAGAGCUUGCUCGCCAAUAUGGUGGCUGGAAAUCGUUAUCAGUUUAAGGUCAGAACUGAGGCUCGCGAGGGCCGCCAACCAACCCGGGAAGAGUGGAUUGAAGAUGAAGCCUGCCGCCGGACCUACUACGCCGUCUACAUCUUUUUUGGCAUGCUCACGCUGACAUUCAACCAUACGCCGGCCAUGAGCUUUGAUGAAUUUGAUAAUAUGGAACUGCCGUCCUCGGAGUCGAUGUGGAACCUCGAUGUUACCGACGACGAGGCCUGGCGCCGCAACCUGGCUUCAGCGACUACUCUUACUGUUCGGGAAGCCCACGACUGUCUCUUCCAGGGCGAGCAGACGCGCUACAGCGCCUUUGCCACUCGGGUGCUGAUCAACGCCCUGUUCCUGCAGGUAUGGAGUCACAAGAGAACCUUCGAGGCUCUCCAGGACGUAGUUACCGAAUACAAGCUCCGCCUUGCGCUGGAGACAUGGGAAGGUUCUCUGGAAGUUUGCGAGCCGGAAACCAUCGUCGUCCCCUUGAGCACGCCUCAGAAUGGCCACCCCUUGAUCUUCAACUCGAUGGCCGUUUACCGCAACACCCGCGCUCGGUUGGAGGUUGAUCUCAAGUCCAUCCAGGAAGCCCUGCGCUACCACUCAUCCUAUGAGGUUGCUGCUGCCAUGACCGUUGCGCGGGAGAAGGUGAAGCGGUCGCAAGAAAUGAACAAGGUCAUCCAAUCCUGUUUCGAAUGCAUUGAGAUUGCCGCCGUUCAGGGAAUCAACUGGGUUGCUAAGACCUCGGCGACCAACUGGAGUGUUGAGCAUCCGCUCUGUGGCUUGGAUUUGAUGGUCAUCCUGAGUCUCUGGCUCUAUCGCCUGGAACAUGACGAAGAGCCCGCGACUGAGGCUGAGCUGGCCAUCUACAACAAGGUGCGGAAUCUGUUCGAUGACGACGCCGUCGAUGCCUUUGGUAAUCUCAGCUCCACUGUGGCCCGUGUAUGGGGUAACAUCCUGGACGGCGUGGUAGUUUGGGGAAUUACCAAGCUCAUGGGCGAAUCGUUCAAGCUUCAUGCUCAAGCUUUGAUCGGCUACGAAGACUCGCUACGAGUUGCCAAAGAUCAACCUAUCCAUCCAAUGCCGACCAAAACACUCGCCAGUGUUGGGACUGCAUAUUAG